AUGUCUAUCCUCCCCAAGAAGUUCCCUGCCCCCAUCGCCGGUCCCCUCGGCCCCUUCUUCGCUGCCGGUCUGGUCAUCCUGUACGGCAUCAACUCUGCGCAGAACGCCAUGUCCAACACUGCCGAGUUCAAGAACGACCCCCGCAACCCCAACCGUCAGGCUCCUAAGCACUAG